UGUAUGAUUUUAAAUUUUUUAGUAGUUUCAUUUUAAAACCUUAAAAGUGUCAGGUGAAAAUAAUUUUAACAGUAUGUUUUACUUAAGCUAAUACAUCCAAGAUACCAUUUUAACAUGAAAGCAGUAUGAAAUUAUUAGAUAUUUUAUACAUUUUUAUACUCUUCAAAAUCUGGUGUACAUUUUACACUUAAGUGAACAACUCAUUCGGAUUAGCCACAUAUCAGUAGCCCCUGUGUCUAGUGUCUACUGUAUUGGAAUUGGAUGAUAUAAUUUUAGAUCAAAGGGAAGGGGAAAUGAACAUAUUUCCCUAUAUGCAGAUUUCCUCCAAAGCUCUUUUACACAGAGUGUUUAAAUUAACCUUCCUAAAACAUUUACCAACAUCUCAGAAGAGCUGAAGAGGCUACCUACUGUAUAUUAAGGCAAAUUCAUUCAUUCAUUCAUUCGUUCGUUCAUUCACCUGUUUACCCAACAAACAUUUACUAAGAGCCAUACCCUAUUCUAAGAGUUAAAGACAUCAAGAAGCAAAAGAUCAAGUCCCUUUCCUCAUAUAGCCACAUUAGCAAAUAAUUUCAUUAUAAUUUGGUAAAUGAGUGUAGGUUAAGAUAGUAUCAGCAUUCAGAAGAUAUGGGGGAUAAAGGACCAGUGGGAAGUAUGGUACUUACUGGAAGUUGAGGAGUACCACCAUAGAUCAGGGUUCUUGAUUGCAAGCAAUAGAAAUUAAUUUUGGCUAAUAUAAGCAGGAAAGAAGUCUAUUGAAAGGUACAAAAGAGCUCAUUGGAUUGCCAGAUGACUGUCAAACGUGGCUUGGAAAAUAGGUAGGAGCCACAGGACCUAGCCAGCAGUGAACAAAGCCAGAGUCACACCAUGGGUCUGAUUAGGAUGCCACACUUGUCACCAUUUUCACGGAAUUAGGUUGUGCCUGCUUCUGGGCUUGCAUCAAGUUUCUGUUGUUCGCAUGCCAUGCCAUUCUUGCAUGUGUUCAAGGCCCUUGUACCUUUUAGCAUUCCCUCAAUAUUCUAGCAGCCGUUGACAAAGCCUGGAUUAAUUACCAGGAGGGAUGGAAAGAUAAUAUUUUUUUCUCAAAAAAGAAAGGAUUUUGGGUAUUGAGCAGACAAAAAACAAUGAGCAUGCACAUUAUAAAGGUUUUAUAGCAAAAUAAUUUGUGUUCUUUAUCUUUGCAUUCAGUGAUUGCCACUUGGCAUAAAUGCUUGUUGAACCAAGCCUGAGAUAAUGAUUGAGCUAAGACUUGAAGGUGAGCAGGAGCUCAUGAAAUAAAAAUGUAGGGAAAAUGUAUCCUAAAGAUAAUAUUUAAUUAUGUAUUAAAUUAAUAUAUGAACAAGUGAUCAAAUAGGACAAAGUAUAUUCAAAAACACAGUCUUUCAAAUAACUCAGUUCAUCAGGAAUAUAGGGUUCACAAGGGGAGAGAAUGACACAUGAGAUUAGAGAGGUGGAUCAGGGCCGGAUUCACAAAGUGCCUGCAUUUAUACAACAAUUUUUAUUGAGCUUCUAACAUGUGCCAGGCACUGUGCUCAAUGCUGAGGGCAUAGCAUGCAACCCCUGCUCUCAGGAAUCCUUUGUUCAUUUCUCAUACCUCACUUUAUCCUGUGAGGAGCCUUUGAGGAGCUGGAAGCAGAGCUGUGGCAUAGCCAUUUUCAGGUUUUUUGGAAGAUCACUCCAGCAUGACAGGUUGGAUAGUAGGUUGGAGCAGGUGAUACUGAGGGCAGGAAGACAGGUAGGAGACUUGUAACUGUCUGCGUGAGAGAUGAUGAGGGGCUGAGCUAAGGCAUUGGCAGUGGGAAUGGAGAGGGUAGGCUCCAGAGCUCAAACUCGUUCUGAAACUUAGAGCUCCUUUUCCAGGGCACUUGACACCCUCUUCAGAUGAGCAGAGUGUAACUCACUGUGGGCUAGAUGUGCCAUUCCUGCUCCCCCUUCCUAAAUGCCUGUGCCCCACAGCUCUUUUGCUCAGACCCCUCCUUUCCAGCUUAGGGUACAGUUCAAGACCACCUAUAUAGCUCAAGCUCUCAGAAGUCUCUUAACACUCUUACUUGCUGCUGUCCUACCUUCGGUGACUAACUGCCAGCAUAGGAUAGAGAGCAGAGGUUAUUGUUUUAGGUUGCUGUCGUAUCUCCCUGCAGUUGAUAGCUGCUUGAGGACAGAGAUGCUGUUUUGUUCUUCCUUGCACCCUCAGGCCCUAGAAUGGGCAGAAACAGUACAUGUUCCUGAAGACUCUUGCCCCCAGCUUUGUGUAACACACCAGAGGUACUGAUGGCUGAAAAAUUCCAUCACCACGCUCCUGUCCAGCACUGUCUGAGGAAGGCUAAUCUCCCUUAAGCACACUUCUUGAGUCACUCUCUGCUUUUAAACCUCCCACAGCUUCUCAUUUCCCCUUGAACUCUUCUUAGCUUCUAUGGUCAAUCAAUCCUUUCACUCCAUAUUCCCCCAGUAGAUACCUCUGCUGUCAUCAGACAGAGGCUUGUUCAGACAGAAACACACCUCGUUAAGGUCUGCUUCUGAUUCUUACUGUCAUGGUGAUCCCCUGUCCAGAGGCUUCCCUCGCUGAUCCCUCUGUUGGUCCAGAAUCAAGGACAUCCUUCAGAUCUCAGAAACCCACCCAGUCCCAUAUGGUUCCAGCUCUCAGAGAUCUCCUUACAGCUAAAUUGUGGCACUCCCAGCAUGUGCUUUAGCUGGGGCAGUUAUUCUGGACUUGUAUUUUCUGUUCUCUGGAUCCUUUUUUCCUCAGCUGUGUUGGGAGCUGCUUGAGGGUUGCUGUCUCAAGGGUAACUGGUACAUUUCCAGACAUGUAGGUCUCACAAAAGCAAUUAGAGGACUGUCAUAAGACAAAACUACUUCUGUGACCCCCAUCUUAUCAGACAAUUGCAUUCUCCCUUCUACAAAUUUUUGUAUAUAAGCAAUGCUGAGAAAGAAGUAGCUCUCUGAAAUGGCAACUCCAAGACUUCAUUGAAACUUUUAACAUCUGUUGGUCAAUCCUCCUGCUGAUACUGAGUCACCACUCAUUUGUGGUGAUUCUAAACCUCAUUUUAUGAUUCACAUUCUAAAAAUGGGGUGAGGUUUUUACCAAGAAACUAAUUCCAGUAUGAACUUAACCUCACAAUUAUUGUGUUCUUCUGUGGGUUUCCAGCUGCUAGCACAGCACUUUUUAAGGUCUAAUUUCUUAUGGCUUAUUGGUGUGGCUCUUCUAUGGCAAAUACCUAAAAUCCAUUUUAUGGAUUUAUAGUAUAGAAUAUGAUAGGGGGUUCCAUGUGAUCAAUUUUUUCCACCAGUCUUCAUUAGGACCAGUCAUUGUCUGUCACCAGCCCAUGUCUGGUCUGGGACAUGUGAAGGAAAGACAGGUAAAGUUUUGGGGCUCUUUUUUCGUUCAUACAUUCUGAGGAAUGGUCUUGGUUCCUUGGCCAGAGUGCACCUAUAUCUAUAAUGAAGAGGAUUUAGAAUCUGCCUUCUGGGCACUGUAGCUGAGCAAGUGACUCGACUUAGUAUCUAGAACUUCUUGAACAAUGACGGAAACCAGAAUCUGCACAUGACAGAAAUGGAGUGGUUUCAUGAAAUCUGCAUUCUAGUCCCAGGACUUCUACGAACAAGUUAUGCAACCUUGGGCGAGUCAUUUAACAACAGCAGCAGUGCUGGCGGUAGCUAACAUUCAUAAAGGGUUUGGAAUGGAGCCUGGGGCCCAGUAAGCCCUCUGUAAGGUCACCUACUGUUUUCAUUGUCAUUGGUACAGAGGGUUUAUUACAUCCAGUCCUGAGUACUUGGCGUACAUUAUCUUAUUUAAUCCUCAGAAUUAUGGAGUGAGUUUUUAAAUUCUUGCUGUACAAGGGUAUACUGAAGCUUAAAGAGGUUGAGUUAUGAGUCCAAGGCUGUAAAGGACUCCAAGACUGUAUAGGACUCAAAUCCAAACAACCUAACUCUGGGCCCAUGAUCACAAUCUCUGUUGGUGCACCUGAUUUCCUUGGGCCUCAAUUUUCUCAUAACACCUGAAGUUGUUGAUCUUUAAAACCUUCCAGUUUAAAAUUUUUAAAUAUUUUCCCGUUACCUUCACCUUCCUCCCCUAUUUGCUUCCCUACCCCACUUAUCCAUGACGUUUGCUGGGUUCGUCAUCACAGGAUCGGCAGGAUGUUUUCCCUGUUGAGUGAUGACACUGCAUGUGUCAGCAUAGGGACUUGUUUUGUGUGUGUAUGUGUGUGUGUGUGUGUGUGUGUGUGUGUGUUUUUUGAGUCUGCAGUGGGGCUGGUUUACAUGCUGCUGUCGUUGAAAGAGGAGGAAUCUGACUCUUCAAUUUUACUGCCUUAUCUUGGCCCGCAGCCAUUACCACAUUGACACACAUUUGACAGGGCUUGAGAAAGGCAUCAUAGGCAGCAGCCAGUGGGAAUCAGCUCUUCGUGCUUGUGGACCCUGUGCUGCUCUCUGGAUUAGAGUGUUUUGGCUGCAGAAGACCUGGACUCAAGGGUUGGAUCUAUCACUUCUUGGAGUGAUAGGAGUGACCUUACACAGGGAACAUCGAACACACAUGGAUUCAACUUGAUUAUUCUUUGGGUGAGACCUUAUUAUGAAAAAAAGUCAGUUAGCCACUGUGCUGAGAUUUGUAAGCUCUUCCACUUAGGAGCCUAGAGGAAGCAUUUUAAGAACUUUAGAGUACCAAAAGGGCCUGGAAACACUAAAAGUGUUAGAUUUCUGCCUGGCAGAUUAACCAACGGCAAGAGGGGCUGAUCUGUCUACAUUCUGAGUACUGCCCUCGGCAAGACACCUAGAACAGACCCCGGACCCAAGUCCACCGUACUGCCGUACCCCUACCCCAGCCCACCCCAGACAGUAUUCUGGGGUUCACCUGAGGUCAGCAGUGUGAAGAUGACCAGUGCCUUUUUAGCAUGACGACUUUGAACCAUGUGAUUGCCACCCACCAGUCAGAAUGGGUCUCCUUCAAUGAAGAGCCACCCUUUCCUGCCCACUCGCAGGGGGGCACGGAAGAGCACCUCCCAGGACUGUCAUCUUCCCCAGACCAGUCUGAGAGCUCCUCUGGGGAGAACCAUGUGGUGGAUGGAGGCUCUCAAGACCAUUCCCACUCGGAGCAGGAUGACUCCUCUGAAAAGAUGGGCCUCAUCUCUGAAGCAGCUUCCCCACCUGGGAGCCCUGAGCAGCCCCCACCUGACCUGGCCUCAGCCAUCAGCAGCUGGGUUCAGUUUGAAGACGACACGCCCUGGGCCAGCACAUCUCCACCUCAUCAGGAAACAGCUGAGACAGCCCUACCAUUGACCAUACCCUGCUGGACAUGCCCUUCCUUUGACUCCCUGGGGAGAUGCCCUCUGACUUCUGAGAGCAGCUGGACCACCCAUUCUGAAGACACCAGCAGUCCUAGCUUUGGAUGUUCGUAUACAGACCUGCAGCUCAUCAAUGCUGAGGAGCAGACGAGUGGUCAGGCUUCUGGGGCUGACUCGACUGACAAGAGGACCGAGUGGCAGACAGGCAGGCAGACGGCAGUGAGUCCUGUUCAAGCAUGCUCGGAGCAUACCUCCACCCACACCCACCGCCUGGACCCCUCACCACCCUCACCCCAGCCCAGGAGGAGCCAGAACCCCGCCGAGGGUCCGGAGGGGGCCUCCGCUCCCAAUGACAAUUCCUCCUCGCUUCAGGAAGAAGAAGAAGUAGAAAUGGAGGCCAUCAGCUGGCAGGCCAGCAGUCCAGCCAUGAAUGGGCACCCUGCCCCUCCAAUGACCUCUGCUCGUUUUCCCAGCUGGGUCACCUUUGAUGACAAUGAAGUCAGCUGCCCUUUAGCACCAAUCACCUCUCCUCUGAAGCCAAAUACUCCACUAAGUGCAUCUGUGAUCCCAGAUGUACCUUAUAAUUCAAUGGGAUCAUUUAAGAAGAGGGACCGUCCCAAGAGCACUUUGAUGAACUUCUCCAAAGUUCAGAAGCUGGACAUUUCCUCUUUAAACCGCACGCCUUCUGUAGCUGAGGCUCCACCUUGGAGGGCAACCAACCCUUUCCUGAAUGAGACUCUGCAGGAUGUACAGCCCUCCCCUAUCAACCCUUUCAGUGCUUUCUUUGAGGAACAGGAGAGGCGCUCCCAAAACAGUUCCAUUUCCAGUACCACGGGCAAAAGCCAAAGAGAUUCCCUCAUUGUCAUCUACCAGGAUGCCAUCAGUUUUGAUGAUUCAAGCAAAACCCAGUCACACUCUGAUGCUGUUGAAAAACUCAAACAACUCCAAAUUGAUGACCCUGAUCACUUUGGCAGUGCAACUCUACCUGAUGAUGACCCGAUAGCCUGGAUUGAACUAGAUGCUCACCCGCCUGGAUCAGCACGGUCCCAGCCCCGUGACGGGUGGCCAAUGAUGUUGAGGAUCCCUGAGAAGAAAAACAUCAUGUCCUCCAGGCACUGGGGACCGAUCUACGUCAAACUGACAGAUGCUGGUUACCUGCAGCUGUAUUAUGAGCAGGGCCUAGAAAAACCAUUCCGUGAGUUCAAGCUGGAGAUCUGUCACGAGAUUUCAGAACCCCGGCUUCAAAACUAUGAUGAGAAUGGCAGAAUCCACAGCUUGCGGAUAGACCGUGUCACCUAUAAGGAGAAGAAGAAAUACCAGCCCAAACCUGCUGUGGCCCACACAGCAGAGAGGGAACAGGUGAUUAAGCUGGGCACCACCAAUUACGAUGACUUCCUGAGUUUCAUCCAUGCAGUUCAGGACCGUCUCAUGGAUCUGCCGGUGUUGUCAAUGGAUUUGAGCACAGUUGGCCUGAACUACCUUGAAGAGGAGAUUACAGUGGAUGUCAGAGAUGAAUUCUCUGGCACUGUGAGCAAAGGAGACAACCAGAUUCUCCAGCACCAUGUCUUGACGCGGAUCCACAUCCUGAGUUUCCUGUCUGGGCUCGCAGAGUGCCGCCUGGGCCUCAAUGACGUCCUCGUCAAAGGGAAUGAAAUAGUUUUGAGGCAGGACAUCAUGCCCACCACCACCACAAAGUGGAUCAAGCUCCAUGAGUGCCGUUUCCACGGGUGUGUGGAUGAGGAUGUAUUCCACAACUCGCGGGUCAUUCUGUUCAACCCUUUGGAUGCGUGCCGGUUUGAGCUAAUGCGGUUCAGGACAGUGUUUGCUGAGAAGACCUUGCCUUUCACACUCAGGACAGCCGCAAGCGUCAAUGGGGCAGAGGUGGAGGUGCAGAGCUGGCUGAGGAUGUCAACUGGCUUCUCCUCCAAUCGUGACCCCCUCACUCAGGUUCCCUGUGAGAAUGUGAUGAUCCGUUACCCUGUGCCCAGUGAGUGGGUGAAAAACUUCCGCAGGGAAAGUGUCCUGGGGGAAAAGUCUUUGAAAGCCAAAGUGAACCGGGGGGCAAGUUUUGGCUCCACUAGUGUUUCUGGCUCUGAGCCUGUCAUGAGAGUAACGCUGGGAACUGCCAAGUAUGAGCAUGCCUUCAACUCCAUUGUGUGGAGGAUAAACCGACUGCCCGACAAAAACUCAGCUUCCGGUCACCCACACUGUUUCUUUUGCCACCUUGAACUCGGCUCUGACCGGGAAGUGCCUUCCAGAUUUGCCAAUCGUGUGAAUGUCGAGUUCAGCAUGCCCACAACUUCUGCCUCCAAAGCCAGCGUGAGAUCUAUCUCCGUGGAAGACAAGACUGAUGUCAGGAAGUGGGUCAAUUAUUCUGCACACUACAGCUACCAGCCAUGCUUCCUGUGUGCUCGCCUCAUAACCUCUUACUGCCUUAGAGGAAGUUCCGCCUACAUAGCUGUGGAUGCGUCUGCUCUGAUUUAAAUGCAUCAUCUGGCUAGUGGAUGAGAGAAAGGUGGAAAUUGAGCAAAAAAAGAGUUUGAAGCCGGACUUUGAAGGAGAUGAAAUGGACAAUCCCAAGGAGUGUGGAGUGCAAUGAC